AUAAAAACUCACUUCAUCUCUUCACUUCACAUAAGUUUCUUGAGUUAAAUUCUUUAGCAUACUUUCUUACAUACAUACUAUAAUCUCUAAGAAGCUGCCAAUCCACUGCACUUAUUAUGGGACCGCGUUUUGAGCUAUGGAUUCUAAUCUUUUCCCUUCACAGCCUUCUGAAUGUCAUCCUCUCCCAACCAGAAGGGUUCUUGAGCUUAUCAUGUGGGGGAACAACUUAUGCUGAUUCACUAAACAUAACUUGGAAUCCUGAUGAUAAUUACAUCAAUGUGGGUGAAACAAAAACUAUAAUUAACACUUCAAUCAGAUUUUUCCCUGAUGCCAAAGCCUGGAAUUGUUACAAGCUUCCUGUACAAAACACACCAUCUGCAGUCCUUAUCAGAACAAAAUUUGUGUAUCAGAACUAUGACAAUCUCAUGAGAGCUCCAAUAUUCUCUGUAUCCCUUGGUAGAGCUAUGGCUUCUACGAUAAACCUCUCGAAAACUGAUCCUUGGACCGAAGAAUUCAUAUGGCCAGUGUCAAACGAUUAUUUACGAAUCUGUUUUCAUCACAUACCGAAUGGUGGAAACCCGGUUAUUUCUUCACUUGAACUUCGACCUCUUCCUCCAAGAGCUUAUAAUAAUAGUGGGUUGGAGGGCGAUCAGAAGAAGUUUCUAAAGAAAUGCUAUCGGAUAAAUUGUGGUUAUACCAAUGGAUCUCUUAGGUAUCCGUCGGAUAAAUUUGAUCGUGUGUGGGAUAGCGAUAAAGAUUUUUCUCCUGCUCAUUUGUCGACUGCUCUGCAUACAAAUCUUGGCCUUAACACAGCCUUGAUGAAUGAGGAGCCGCCUAUGGCUGUAAUGCAAACUGCACGACUACUGGAGCGAAGAAAGUUACUGACCUAUAAUCUAGCACUUGAUCAGCUAGGAAACUACUACAUAGUUCUCUAUUUUGCUGGGGUUGUACCGGUUUCUUCAAAGUUCAACAUAUCGGCUAAUGGAGCACUUAUUCGAUCGAAUUACGCAGUAAUUAGUAGAAAGGCUAGUGUUUGCUAUUUCACAAUGGAGAAAAUCAAUGGACUAAACAUUACCCUCCAAAAUAUUAGCUUUUACCCUCUGAUCAAUGCUAUUGAGGUGUUUCAGAUUGGUGAUAUACCCCAAGAAACUUCUUCAACCACAGUUUCAGCUCUUGAGGUUAUACAGCAAUUUACAGGUCUAGAUUUAGGAUGGGAGGAAGAUCCAUGCUUUCCGAGACCAUGGAAUCACAUAACAUGCGAUGGAAAUCUCGUUACAUCAAUAGAACUUUCUGGUAUAAAUUUGAGGUCAAUUAGCCCUGCCUUUGGUGAUCUACUAGAUCUUAGAGCACUGGAUUUGCAUAACACAUCACUGACAGGAGAGAUACAGAACUUGAAAGGUCUUCUACAUAUCGAGUUAUUAAAUCUAAGUUUUAACGAGCUCACUUCAUUCGGGAGAGAUCUGGAUAGCCUGGUGAACCUUCAAUAUCUGGACUUGCAAAACAACAGCUUACAUGGAAAAGUUCCUGAUCAGCUUGGGGAUUUAGGGAAACUUCAUCUUUUGAAUCUGAAAAACAAUAAGUUACAAGGGCCUCUUCCUCGUUCUCUAAAGAAAAAACAUUUGGUAGUCAAGACAUCAGGAAAUUUGUGCCUGUCGUUCUCUACAUCAGCAUGUAACAGAUCCGGGGAUGUUCCAAUUGAGACACCUCAAUUUACUGUGGUUCCUGAACGGAAGCAUAGAGGUCAUAUGCAUAUGAUAAUCGUAAUCGGUGUAGUAAUUGGAGGAAUAUGUUUCAUUAUUUUGAUCGGUUUGUUGGCGUUCGUGUAUACGAGAAAGAAUACGCCAAUGCAAAAUGACAUAUCAGGGGAAGAAGCAGAAAUCAAAAAUUGGAGUGCAGCAAGAGUAUUUACUUACAAAGAAAUAAAGAAAGCAACGAAUAAUUUUAAGAACGUAAUUGGGCGAGGGAGUUUUGGUUCGGUUUACCUCGGAAAGCUUGCUGAUGGAAAGAUGGUUGCUGUAAAAGUUCGAUUUGAUAGUAGUAAACUCGGGGCUGACUCCUUUCUGAAUGAGGUUCAUCUACUAUCACAAAUAAGACAUCAGAAUUUAGUAUCAUUGGAAGGAUUCUGUCAUGAACUAAAGCAACAGAUACUGGUUUAUGAAUACUUAGCUGGUGGAUCACUAGCUGACAGUCUUUAUGGUUCAAACAGUAAGAAUUUCACACUGAAUUGGGUUCGGAGGCUUAAAAUUGCGAUUGAUGCUGUAAAAGGCUUGCACUAUCUACACAAUGGGAGUGAACCAAGAAUAAUACACCGUGAUAUCAAAUGCAGUAACAUACUUCUUGAUGCACAGAUGAAUGCCAAAGUUUCUGAUUUCGGGUUGUCUAAGCAGGUUACGGAAGCAGAAGCAACUAAUGUAACUACCAUAGUAAAGGGCACUGCUGGGUAUCUUGACCCUGAAUAUUAUUCCACCUUACAGUUAACGGAAAAAAGUGAUAUUUACAGCUUCGGAGUUGUUCUUUUGGAGCUCAUUUGUGGUCGAGAACCCUUUACUCGUCAAUCUGGAGCUCCUGACAGCUUCAACUUGGUUUUAUGGGCAAAGCCAUAUUUACAAGCUGGAAUGUUCGACAUAGUUGAUGAUGGCCUCGAGAGAGACUUUGACAUUGAAAGUAUGAGGAAGGCAGCUGCUAUUGCUUCAAGGUGUGUUGAGAGAGAUGCAACGAUCAGGCCUACUACAGCUGAGGUACUACAAGAGCUUAAAGAUUCCUACAGCCUUCAGCUUGCAUACCUUGCCUCUAAAGGACAAGCAAAUUGAAUACGUUGUACGAAGAUGCAGUCGACUUCAUAUGUCUUGAACUUCCCAGGGAGUUCUACGAUAAUAGCUCGAAAACAUGCAUAUUUAUGUUAAUUAGGAUACAAGAAGAUUUUGAUUUAUUUUUCUUUCGAAAGAACUAUUUAUAUAUACCCUCAGAAGUUACUAUUAGCGAUAUGUAAUCAUAAACAAACGUAAGUUUUCGUUGCUCAACAGUCUACACCUCCGAAAACUCUUCUAAAUCAAACAUUGCAGAAAGAAUUCUAUCAGCCAAGAAUAAGAUGAUAAUGUUCAGUGAUUGUCAGCAUAAUCCAUAAAGAACACGGGCUAAUCACAUCACCUAUCGCAAUCAGCAAGCUUGUAGCAGCGAGCCAGUAAACUCCGUAGCCUGUGCCAACAACAUGCUUGCAAUAGAGAGGUAAUAAGAGUAGCCGUACAAUGAAACAGCAAGCAUAAGUGCUAGUAGACAGGGCCGUUCCUGAUGGUAGUUUUGAGGUGCAACCGCUUAGGACCCAAUUUAUAAAAAGGCUCGAAUUGAGUUAAUCCUUAUUAUUAAAAUUUAGUUUAUGCAUAGUACCUUAUCAU